AGAAUAGAUGAAAAGGAGUAGUAAAGUUUGGAGGAAAUGCCUGAUAAUCCACACUCCAAAAAACUCAAAAAGACAACAGCAAUAUACUGUUAUUCUUUUUCUUAAUUUAUGCAGUACCUGGUUUGGCAUUAGUUUGCCAAGUGAUGCCACAGACAGAAAAAUCGCUCGGUAACAACCUCCCAAUAAUUCGCAUUCCAGGAGAUGGUAGAUGUUUGUUUAGGGCUGUGGUGUAUGGUGCAUGCCUCAGAUCAGGUGAACCAUCUCCAAGUCUUAGUAGACAAAAAGAACUUGCAGAUGAACUUAGAGCCAAAGUUGUUGAUGAAUUCAUCAAGAGGAGGGCAGACACAGAGUGGUUUCUAGAAGGUGACUUUGAGACCUAUACGGUACAGAUGAGAAAACCUCACAUAUGGGGAGGAGAACCUGAACUUCUCAUGUCCUCACAUGUUUUACAGAUGCCAAUAACAGUGGUGAUGCAGGAUAAGAAUUCGAGUAACCUUAAAGUUAUAGCUGAAUACGGUGAGGAAUAUGGGAAGGAGAACCCUAUUGGAGUUAUUUAUCAUGGUUAUGGCCACUACGAUGCAUUAUUGAAGUGUUCCUCUACUUAUGUGCAGUCUUAGCUAGCUUUGAUAUUCUUCAUGCUUGCUCUAACUGUUGAGAAUGUGCACAUAUUAUUAUAUAUGAAUGUCUUUUGUGGAAACUAAUUGAAAUUCUACAUCAUACAAUGAAUACUAUGAAUGAUAGAGUUAUUAGUCAAUUUA